GACGCUCCCUUGCGCCCGCCCGCCUCCAGGUGGCCCGGCCCCCACGGCGGGCGCGGCGGCCGCCCCUCAGCCCGCGCCGGCCUCCGCCGAGGACCAUGGGCGAUGCGCUCCUCCCGGCGCGGGGGGCUGCGCACAGGCGGCGCCGGAGGAGGUUAUGCCGACAAGACUUUAGUUUUUGAUGGGCUCAGAGCACAUGAGGAAAGGGAGCUUGUGUCUGCUAGCAAAGAUGAGGCAGUAGCCACUGGUUAAAUCAUUGGGAUGGAACUGAAAUACGGAUAUACGUUGACUAAGGAGUUGGAAUAAGACUGAGUCCUGCUCUGUGAUAUUUAUAUACCUGGACCAUGAACUUGCUGUUUGGCUUCAUACUUUAGGAACCUUUGUAGUAACUCAGUGAAGCUGUUGGGAAUCAUGGCAUUCUCUCCAUGGAAGCUGUCCUCUCAGAAACUUGGCUUUUUUCUGGUGACUUUUGGGUUCAUUUGGGGAAUGAUGCUUCUGCAUUUUACUAUUCAGCAGCAAACACAACAUGAAAGCAGUUCAGUCCUGCGUGAGCAAAUUUUGGAUCUCAGCAAAAGAUACAUCAAAGCAUUAGCUGAAGAAAAUAAAAAUGUGGUUGAUGGGCCUUAUGUCGGAACAGUGACAGCAUAUGAUUUGAAGAAGACACUUGCUGUCUUGUUGGAUAAUAUCUUGCAGCGCAUUGGGAAGCUAGAGUCCAAGGUGGAAAAUCUUGUACUUAAUGGAACAGGAGCAAACUCUACCAUCAAUACCACCACCCCUGCUCCCAGCUUAGGAGCAGUUGAAAAGCUUAAUGUAGCAGAUCUCAUAAACGGAGCCCAAGAACAGUGUGAAUUGCCUCCUAUGGAUGGUUUUCCUCACUGUGAAGGGAAAAUAAAGUGGAUGAAAGAUAUGUGGCGAUCGGAUCCCUGUUACGCAAGUUAUGGUGUAGAUGGGUCCACGUGCUCCUUUUUUAUUUACCUCAGUGAGGUUGAAAAUUGGUGUCCUCGUUUACCUUGGAGAGCAAAAAAUCCUAAUGAAGAAACUGAUCAAAAAACAGUGGCUGAAAUUCGUAUCAACUUUGAUAAUCUCUACAAAAUGAUGUCAAGACAUGAGGAAUUCAGGUGGAUGAUGUUACGCAUCAGACGAAUGGCUGAUACCUGGAUUGAAGCAAUUAAAUCACUUGCAGAAAAACAAAAUUUGGAGAAGAGAAAACGAAAAAAGAUUCUUGUUCAUCUGGGGCUUUUGACAAAAGAAUCUGGAUUCAAGAUUGCAGAAAAUGCAUUUAGCGGUGGCCCACUUGGUGAAUUAGUCCAGUGGAGUGAUUUAAUUACAUCUCUCUACUUACUGGGCCAUGACAUCAGGAUUUCAGCUUCACUGGCAGAGCUCAAGGAGAUUAUGAAGAAGGUUGUAGGUAACAGAUCUGGCUGCCCUACCCAGGGGGAUAAAGUUGUAGAACUCAUUUACAUUGAUAUUGUGGGACUCACUCAGUUUAAGAAAACCCUUGGUCCAUCAUGGGUACAUUACCAGUGUAUGCUAAGAGUUCUGGAUUCCUUUGGAACUGAACCAGAGUUUAACCAUGCCCAUUAUGCCCAGUCUAAAGGCCACAAGACACCAUGGGGAAAGUGGAACCUUAAUCCACAGCAGUUCUAUACAAUGUUCCCUCACACUCCGGAUAACAGCUUCCUUGGAUUUGUGGUAGAGCAGCAUCUGAAUUCCAGUGACAUUAAACACAUUAAUGACAUCAAAAGGCAGAAUCAAUCUCUCGUUUAUGGCAAAGUAGAUAAUUUCUGGAAGGAUAAGAAGGCUUAUCUGGAUAUCAUCCACACCUAUAUGGAAGUUCAUGGAACUGUUCACGGGACAAGCACCAUUUAUAUUCCCAGCUACGUAAAAAACCAUGGUAUACUCAGUGGGCGGGAUUUGCAGUUUCUACUGAGAGAAACGAAACUGUUCGUUGGUCUCGGAUUUCCAUAUGAAGGGCCAGCUCCUUUAGAGGCUAUUGCUAAUGGAUGUGCUUUUCUAAAUUUAAGAUUUAACCCACCAAAAAGUAGCAAAAACACAGAAUUUUUUAAAGGCAAACCUACACUCCGAGAGUUGACAUCUCAGCAUCCCUAUGCUGAAGUUUACAUUGGGAAGCCCCACGUCUGGACUGUUGACAUCAAUGAUCUUUCUGAAGUUGAGAAGGCUGUGAAAUCGAUUUUGAAUCAAAAGAUUGACCCUUAUUUGCCCUAUGAAUUUACAUGUGAGGGAAUGCUUCAGAGGAUGAACGCGUUUAUUGAAAGACAGGAUUUCUGUCAUGGGCAGGUGAUGUGGCCCCCAUUAAGUGCCCUUCAAGUAAAAACUGCUGAACCUGGAAAAUCCUGCAAACAAGUCUGUCAGGAAAGCCAGCUCAUCUGUGAGCCUUCCUUCUUCCAGCAUCUUAACAAGGACAAAGCUCUGCUUAGGCAUAAUAUUGAAUGUCUCACCAUGGAGUCUGCAAAUGAUAUUCUGGUCCCCUCUUUUGAUGGAAGAAGGAAGCACUGUGUUUUCCAAGGUGACCUCUUAUUGUUCAGCUGUGCCGGCUCCCACCCAACCCACAGAAGAAUCUGCCCCUGCAGAGACUAUAUUAAGGGGCAGGUUGCGCUUUGUAAAGACUGCCUAUAGCAGCAACAGAGCUUCUUUUGAGUUGAGGACAAAAUGUAAGUAGUUUUGAGAGGAGCUACUUAUUACUUCCUGCACUUUUGUCCAGGUUUUUCGCUGCAGGCAGAGCUAUCAUUGCUGGGCAGAAUUAUCUACUAAGAGAGGAGGGAUUCAUAACAAACAGCUAACUGAUCUUUUCUUCCUAUAAGAACAUUUGCAGUGUAACUCUUCAGAUUCUUUCAUCCGUUUGCGAAGAGAAAUGAGUUUCAUGUUCUACAGUGAUUUGAAGAUGACUGCACAGAAUAGUUUGUAGAAAAUUCCCAGACCCAUCAAACUUCUUUUUCUGUUGUUUGGGUGAAGUGUUUUCUAUUUUUUUAAUGAGUUAGGACAUCCCCCAUCAUGGUUAGCUAAAGGUUCUCAACUUCAUUCCAGUAGAAAAUUGAAAAAAGUGUGCUUGAGGGAGGGGGGUGCAGGGGAGGGAGGACUAACAUUUUAUUCUAGGUGCACUGGUUUGGGUACUGCUUUAGCUUGAAUGGCUACAAAGUGGUUUACUUCACGAGAACUCAGAAUCACAAGAUAGCUCUGUACCUUGUUAUUGGGUUAUCUUGGCCAAGUUCUUCUUUCUUUUUUUUUUAAAUCUUUGUAUACAACAAGGUAUUGUCUGCGUCACGGCUGCUGCAUCAGAGCAGUCUAAACGGAGAGUAUCAUGAAUGAGCAAAUAGGCAGUUGCCAGCGUGUGACACAUCAUCUUGGUGACUCAACGACUGACUAGGAUUGUGGCAUUUUCUUCAGUGUGGAAAAGCUACAAAAACAUACUGCCAUUUUUGGAAUGGACUUGUCACAGUUUACUGGUCCCAUUUAGAGAGUAAUCCUUGGAAUUUGCCCAUGCUUCUGUUGUAGUCUGUCUACUAGAAAUACUGUGUGAAGCAAAAAGUAUUCAGCAUCAUUGGAGCAAUAUUAUCGUUAGAGCCUCAGUUUGCUACGGCUUCCAGUAGUUAAAGUGUUGCUGAAUGACAUAGAAAGGUUAAACUAAGCUAACUAUAAUUAUUGUAUGAUAGAAAUGUAAAAUGUCUUCAUAACUAGCUAGGUUUUUAAAGAGAAAUUUUUUCUGAAGAUCAAGUAAGAGGAGACAAAAAACUGCUAAGAAAAGCCUUGAUCAAUCUCGUGGGUUCUUUGGUUUUCUGUUUUGGGGGGUGGUGUUUGUUUCUUUUUUUCUUUUAGCAGGCACACCAAUUACAAAUUUAGACUAAAACAAUUCAAGAGUUUGGUAUUCAAAUCAAACUUCAUUUUUUUUAGAGCAGUAAGUUAAAUCUUCUAAACCGCCUUCUUUUUAUAGAGGUAAGUUUUGUUAUUUUCAGCAGAAGGUGGCAUGCUUGACAGCACCAUUUGGAGUCAGGAAAUGAUUACGCUAAGAUCAGUGAGAAACAAAUCUGCAGUAUAUUUUGAAAGCACUCGUAGUGUGCAGGUUUACACUUUGGACAUGCUCUGACCAUACAGGGAAAAAAACCUCAAAUCAACAUGAAGGGUUUUUUCAUAAAGAUUAACAAACAUUACCAGUUAAUAAUGAAAAGCAUAGAUACUUUAAAUUUUCCUUUCUUGGAUAUAUCCAGUUGGUUCAGAUUUUUCUUGUAACUGGCAUUCAUUAUCUGUGUGUGAAUAUUGAUGUAUCUCUUGACCUACCAAAGACCAAGCAAGGGAAAUGCUAUUUAAUCUUGGAUAAAUUCUCAAGACAAGAGAGCAGAACAGUAUACAUUUAAAGUUUCAAUUUGAAAGCAUUGAAUUAGUUUUUUCAAGUUUUUUGUUUACUGCCUCAGCACUCCUGACGGUGUUAUCCUGUAAAACUCCGUAACAUUGCUGUGGACUACACAGAACUUAAUCCUGAGAGAUUGUUCAGUAUCCAAAAAGGAUAUGUGGGAAGUGUUGAACAGCAGGGUCACCAGGAACUGCAUUGGGAUGAUGUGCUGCAUUUUAGAGUAAUUUUCCAGAAACAGAACAGCUGGGCCCUAUAAUGGGAGGUAAACUUUUUGUAUGAAAAGAAAACAAACACAAACUAGUAUGAAAAUCCUCACUGUUACCAUAGCUCAGCGUUUGCUUCAGUCAGCACAAAUGGAGUUUGCAAUAGUUUUAAUACUCUGGAAAAGCUGGGGGAGGAGGUUUGGAAAUGAGUCUGAGCAGGCGCAACAAUUCAUUUGGUAUUUAUAUAAAAUAUUUCCUGCAUACCUGUGCAUAUUCAUGCAACUGGAAAAUCCUGCAUAUUAAAAUAUAUACACUUAACACCUGGUGCUGAAAGUAAAGGCAACAGCAGAAUUUGCCUUUACCCAUUCAGCCUGAGGUUCUUCAGGCAGGAAUUUAGUUCGGAAUGAGAUAUCGCAGAAUUACGUCGGAAACAAAGAUUUGUAUGGGUGCACUUAAAGAAUGCAAAACACGUAGUUUUUGCUGUAGUGCAAUUCUUUGCUGUAAAUACAUAUUUGCUUGUUUCCCACCCCCAGUGUAUGGUCCACAUGGCAUACUGCAUUUUAUUUUGCCUCUAAACCUUUAAAGACGGGAGGGUUUUGGUAUUUGUUGUUAUAAGAUUUUCUGGUCUAGUGUUUUGCUCAAUGCUAAGUUUGCCUUUACCACAGCAGGGAGAGUCUAUAUAAGCUCUGGGUUUUUUUUCAUGCUGUAGCACUGUUUCUUUCUAGUCUACUGAAUUGAAUUACUGCAUACUGGCAAAAAUGAAACAGCAGAUACCAAUGCUGCUUGCAUUUUAGCCAGGGACAGAACAUCUAAAUUGGCUUCAGAAUCAGUGGGGUCUGAUCCUAUUUCCACUGAAAUCUAUAAAGAAGGCUCAUUAAUCUUAAAGAAAAAAGGACCAAGACCUAUAAUUCGAUAGGCCUCUAUUAUUAAUUUUAAACUCUCUUUUCAGAAGAAAUAUUACUUUUAUGAACUGCAGCUUCAGUCUAAAUUUCUGUAAAAGGAAACUAUCAUAUGAGAACUGUAAGUGCAUAAACUUUGUAAACAUUACUCACUAAACCCGAUACAGCACUCUCCCAUCACUCAGCAGUGUUUGUUCGUGCGUUGAUAAAUAAGUGAAUCCUUCCGCAGAUAAGCACUCAGGCAAAUCCAUGUGGGACUAUUUAAAAUUUUGAAUGAUUUACUAAAACGUAUAAUAUAUAUCCACAUGUCAGGAUAGAGGGCAGCCUUCUGUCCAAGUUCCAUGACUAUUUUCCUUCCUAAUUAAAGAAUAAAGGUGUAGUCCAAUUAUUGCACUUAAACAAGGUUAUUAGAGAUGGGACUGUGCUACUGUUUUGCAGUCUGACAGUAAAGCUUGCAGCUUCCUUUACUCAGAAAUCAGGUUUUUGCAUGACUUGCAUUUGAAUAUAUUGAUCAGCAAUUGAUGGGAAAAAAUGUCAAAAAUGUUGAAUAUAAAAACACUUUACAAGCUUUUAAACAUAUCUCUCAUAUCAAAACAUUCUUUGUUUUAAAAUUUUGUAUUUUUGUAUGUGACCUAGUUUUUUUCAAAAAUCUUGUUCCUACGAGAUUAGAAAACUUGAGAAGCAUUUACAUAUUUAUUAAAAUUAACAUAAAGGCUUGCCUUUGAAAGGUAAAGUUGGUAAAUACACACUGUUUAAAAAUGCCAAUAAAAACCUCAUUUAUUUCAUAUAUGCAAGUUGAUUUGCACAUGUAUAAAUAGAGUUGCUUUUUGCAUUUUUUGCUUAGUUUCUAUGUUUCUUUUUGUAAUUUAUAGUUGCAGCUGCGUGUUUGCUUGUUUAUAUCAGAUUAUGUUUCUCCUACAAAUAUUUAAUGUUUAUGUGCCUUUUUUUACUUUCUUUGGGGUUUGGAUGAGCGUUUGGAAUACGGACACUGUCUGAACAAGUAUAAUGGAACACUAAUUACAGGUAAAAAUAGUGCUUGAUGACUAUAUAGCUUAGCAGUAUGAAUUUUGAAUGUUUUUAAGUAGCAGAGAAAUCGGUUCUAAAACUAUAAGGUAAGGCUUAAUAAGAUAAAACUAUAACUUUCAUAAUUCUUGCAAAACGUUGCUCCUGCAAGCAGAAUACCCUUUACUGAAUAUCUGUAAUUUGACAUGAGAGCUCCUGCUGGGAUGGGAUGUCUUCGUUUAAUGACCAGAGAGCAAACUAGAGCCGUUAGGAGACAAUGCUAACAGAAAACCUCUAGGAACAGCCAUAUCUGAUUUGAUCAGCAGGAGAAUUGAAGAUCCACAUUAAAGUUUGUGAGGUGUUGGGUUUUCGGAUAAAGACGUCUGUACAUGGAAGUGCACGGGGUGAUUCCCGGUGCUAACCCGGAGAAUACAGUCCUUUUAUGGUACCUGAAUUUACGACUCUCAGUGGGGAGGGAACUCUGGAUAUUCAGCUUAUUGCAGAUGUUUUUCUUUUUAAUGCUACUACUUUUCUGCAAGAAGAAUAUUUUGCAGAAUAGCUGCUGAUCAGGUGUCAGUUGGAGACCGCAGAACAGGGUUGCAGACAGAGCCAGGACUCUGCAUCUUCCCCGCUCGGCUCUGCUCCCAACUACUUGUACUGGCUUUUGCAACUUGCUUAUUGACAAGCUUUCAGACUUGCUGACAGUUUCUGUUGAUACCAGCUGCAAAUCAGGUUGUUAGCUGAUGUCUUCUCUCCUCCCUUAAUCAUGUUGUACCGGUAUCCUUUAAAAUCCUAGUCAACGUCCUUGGUUUAUCCUUGAUAUGAAAGACAUGCCCUCCCCUCUCAAAAAUGAGUGGCCCAUCUAAAUUACAAAGAUGAUUUACGAGCUUGCAGCACUUUUCACAUAAACAAAAUCCAAAUUGCUUUCUCAGGUAUGUAUUUUGCUUGUAGUGCAUUUCAGGACCAGAUUUUGCUAGUAAAAUAAAUUACAUGGGAUGAAUCAGGCUGAAUACAAUCUCAUUCAAGUCUAAUUAACUUCAUGACUCCCACUGGCUUCAGUGAUAGCUGAACUCCUCCAUUAAUUUUUCUUCAAAUUAAAAAAAGCAGCUCUCCCUUUUUAAUACAUACAAAGCACUGUAUCUUACAAGAUAAAGACCAAACACUUGCAGGUUAUAUUGUACACAUAUCAGCAGCCAGUUUUCCUUGCUGUUUACAGCAGAUAUCAUCUCUGACUAAGUUGAUGUUACCUAUUAUUAAAGUAUCAGUUGAAAACUCGGUUAAAUAGCUGUUCAGUCUACAGUUUGGAGUUGGAGGGGUGGGGUGUUUGGGUUUUUUGUGGUUUGGUUUUUUUAAAGAGACUAGUAGUUACCAGUUUCCAAUUUCACAGUCUUUUUUUCCAGGGGUGCUAACAUUUUGGCAUGGCUCGCUCUUCAUGAUGUUUGCCCUACAGCUGCUAUGCCUUCAAGUUUGCACUUGGGAUCUCUUUCCAUUUGUAGUUCUCCUUUGGUCCCAUCGUUUUAGGGACCGCUAUAAAGUCGAGGCGAAUAAUGCACUGACAGAUGUAUGCUUUCAUUCAGGCUGAAAAGGCCAGGGACAGAUACGGUUUCAUUGAGAUAGGCUUUAAUAAUAUUGCUGUAAAUGUAACAUCAAAACUUAUUGUUUUAUGGGCAGUGACUUAAAUCUUGUCUUCAUAUUUUUAAGCAGCUCUAUAGGGUUUUUUUUUAAAUUAGUUUGUAAUUUCCAAAUAUUAUAUUUAAAUGGAAUGUGUAAAGAGCAAACUCCGUGUAUCAAGUGUAAGAUGUUUACUGUAGGAGUGUGUUGAAAACACCAGAGGCUGAACCCCAGAAUGCCUCAGAUGUGAGGCAUCGCUCAUGUUCUUUCUUCCAGGGAGAAACAACAAAGUGCAACUGUUGCCAAAGUGUCUUGCUUUUAUAGGUGUAAUCCUUGACAAAUUCAUAUAAUUAUGAACAUACAAGAGUAUGUUUUAAUUCAGCAGACCUCCCUCAACAGCACUAAGCCACCUCUUUAUUAAAUGGGUAAAUAAAAUCAGGUCCUCAAAGUUUUGAUGAAAUAACUCCACCUUCCACACACAGAAAUGGCUUUAAACAAAUUCAGUUGUAAUUAAGUGACUACCCUUCUCUCUGCUAGGAAGGUCAGCGCAGGUGCCAUUUAACUAAGGUAGGCUAUGCAUGGGAACAGAAUUUGUCACCUUGCGUAAGGGCUCGCAGGACUGAAGCAUUGUGGACCCUGCUGUCCUCACGUUUCACAGCUAUUGUAACAUGUGGCUGCUGCUUUGUACAGGAAAAUAUAUCUCUAUUGCACUGCACUGUCGUACUUGCAAAUACUAGCCCUAGGUCAGUGCUGCUGCACUCGCGGCCAGCCACGCAGUAGAGGCUCGGUCCUGCAGGAGCCAGCAAAAUCCUUGGCUUUAAGGAGAGCAUGUAAAUAAUGCUAUGGCAUUUACUGGAGCCAUCCAGACACUUGGCAAAGUGCAUGCAACAGGUCUUGGCUCGGACUCCAGCAGCUGCAAAGUAGUUCGAAGUAUCAGAUAGGUACACAAUAAAUCAAGUUAAAUUGCUGUCUGAAGGCAGUUAAUUUUAAUAGGGUUAUACCCAGAACUAAUUUGUUACGUUCAUUACCAGGUCUGUUGCAGUACAGUGAAACCAUUUUUAAGAAGUCAUGGGUUUAUUUGGUUUUUGCAAAGGAAUACAGCAAAGCAGGAGGAAACGGCAGUUUUUACCAAAGGCAAAAAAGAGUACAUUUUAUGAGAAAAGUUACCCUGAAGCUUCCAGGCGAGCUAAAAUAAAAAUACAAGGGGAUAUUUACAAAGCUAAUUUGAGCUUGGAGAAGUUGAUCCCCCUGAGCUUGCUAGGCUGACUGCUGCGGGGGGGCCCUCCAGAGGGCAAUUUGGGGCAGCAAUUUGGUUUCUGGUCUGAGUCAUUCCCUGGGGGAGACUCUCUCUCCAUGGGCGAAGGAGGUCAAAGUCUGAAUAAUCCCUGUAGCACUGUAAAUUGAAAAAAACCCCUACUGAAAUCUGUAAAAAUAAGAGUGCUGCAUUUGCAGAUAAUAAUUCGGAGUCAGUGAGAGUUUUUAUAUGUACAUGAGAACUUCAGGGUCAGGCUGGUACUAUUUGUGUUUGGUUUGAAGUCUCUCUUAAAAGGUUGAUCCUUUGUCUUAUUUAAAUGGUUGUGUUCCACUAUAUUACGUUCAAGCAGUUUGAUUCAGAAAGAACAGAACACAGUGGUUCAGAUACUGUCAAGUUACUGGGGUUCAAUAGGAUGGGAUUUUUUUAAUUUUUUUUCUUUUUUUUAGAAAAGUAAAUGUCUGUACUUUAAUGGCAUAGAAAAAUGCUUUGUUUUCACUGUUGUAGAAAAAAACUAGGGAGAACUUUAUUUUUCAAUAAACCUUUUUCUUGUGUGAUUUGGA